UUGUGCGAUUCAGUGAUGCGUUUUUACUGGAGAAAGAAGAGUGGGUUUUUUUUUUUUUUUGGUUUUUAGCUAUGAAAUGGAGAAUGGGUUUGGUGGGCGCCUUUGAUUUGGAUUGUUAUUGUUUCUCUUUUGCAAAUUGCAAUCAUCGCUGUUACUGUUUACUGUUAGCAGACCCUUUUGUGCUCCGCUUCAAAAGCUAAGAAGUAAAAGACAUAAUCACCUUGUGAGAACUGAAAGUAACUUGCAGAUGCAGCCUUUUGAAAUAGUGUUCAUUAUGCCUCGAAAAGGAACAAUAUAUGGUGUAGUUCUAUGCUGGCAAGCCUCUGUGGAAAACGAAUAGUAUUAUAGAGGACUUUUUGAUGCAUAAAAGUUGCCUUUUCUCUUCAGUUUACAUGUAGUUGUCACUGAUAGCCAGAAAACCUUGUGUUUCCUUUAUCAACCAGUCACGACCUGCGAUAGAGAAAAUUGGAGGAGAUGGGGUUGGGGGAGAUGGAAAAGGGGAAAAGCAAGUGGGGAAACAUUGUAGUCUGUCUUUUCCCUGAAAACCAGGGACAAUUCUCUUUUAUUCUUUUUCCUUUUAAUUAUUGUAUUGUGUUGUAGCUUAGCAUCUACAUGAAUGUUCUGCAGACUCAAACAUAUGUAAAAGCAGCCAUGUUUUUGGCAUUUCAUGGCCCGGUUGAUAACCCCAUAGCCUCAAUCCAUCAUAUAUAUUACAAUUUUAUGAUUUGGUGAUCUGAUGCUUCAUGAUAUCCCGUAGUAAUUGCUGCUCUUUCUGAGUUCUAUGAUUUCCCCCUCUCUGUAACGGACGACCUAAGUUUUUCCACUUCGAUAAGCCCUCAUCCUGUCCUUCUUUCGUCUUAUAUUCAAAGGAGGAGAAGAACCACAGUAUUAAAUAAUGGAUGAGAAAGAGGUCUCCAACUCACUAACAUUUAUCUCUGAAGAGAAGAUCAACAGUUUAUCUCCUAUGUAUGUCGGUGUUUCUUGCGCAUUCUUUGCUCUUCGGCUCUUGUCAACAUCAGAUUGCAAAGACGAAAAAUGGUCUGAAGUUCGGGAAAAGAUGCUGCAAGGAAGUGCCCAACUCUUGGGAUUGUUAAUAUGGAGUGCUCAGAGAGAAGUGGAUAGGCAAAGGCCCGUUCUUCAUCUUAAGCUCGAGGCUGCUGAGAGAGAAAUAGGAGAGUUGAAAAGAAUCAGACAUGAAGAUGCCAAAGCCAAUGAAAAAGUUGUUUGCAUUUUUGCUGCUCAGGAGCAACGGUGGUUGAUUGAAAGGAAGAAGCUUCGCCAACACAUUGGAGCUUUAAUGAACGAUGCAAGGCUUCUUGAAAAAAAGGAGGAACUUAUAACUGAACUGAAUGAAAAUUUGAAGCAGAUGGGGAUGUCAUUGGAGUCUAAGGAAAAGAAAUUGGAGGAAGAGAUUAAAAAAGGAAUCGAUUUGGAAGAAAGACUGUCGAAGGCUGAAAAUAUAGCAGAGGAAUUGAGAGACACUGCUAAACGCGAGGCCCAAGAGCAUUCUUCUGAACUUUGGAAGCACAAAACUGCCUUCAUUGAGUUGGUCUCAAACCAAAGGCAACUCGAAGCCGAGAUGGCCCGUGCAGUUAGGCAAGUUGAAGCAUCAAAAGAAGAGCUUGAUUCAGUUUUAGAGCAAAAGGAGGAGUCCGUAAUGUUGGUACAGAAACUAUCAGCUGAGAUUGUUAAGAUGCGCAAGGAUUUAGAAGAGAAAGACAAGAUCUUGUCAGCAAUGCUGCGAAAAUCCAAGCUGGAUACAGCACAGAAGCAAAUGCUCCUUAAGGAGGUAAAGCUGUCCAAAGCUAAGAGGAAGCAAGCAGAACUAGAAGCAGAAAGGUGGAAGACAAUCUCAGAAUCUAGACAUGAAAGACAGUCACUAAGAAGUAUGUUAUCCAAUCAGGUCAAUUCAGGAUAUGAUGUUCCUAUGAUUGUCGGGGACAAGCAUUCAAAUAAAAGCGUGCUCCCAAAUAAUGGGAAGACCAUAUCAAAGCCAACUGAUAUUUAUAUUGACUACAAUCAUCCAGAGUCAGUUGAGUCGAAUAAUUUCCCUUCCCUUGCUGAAUGUAUUUCCCCAGAAAGGAAUGAUGACUCAGGGCGAAUGAUUGAUGUCAAGCAGAUGGAAAAGUUGGUAUGCUCCGAGGCAGAGAAGUACGUACAAAUACUUCAGCAGAGACAUGACCUAGAAAUAGAUGCAUUUGCAGAGCAAAUGGGGAUGAAAGAUGAAAAAUUAGAAGUUUUUCAUUGGCAAAUGCUCAGCUUAGAACUCGAAGCAAAGCGGCUUCAGUCCCAUCUUGCUGGACAGAAUCAAGAGGUUUUGCAGCUUAGACAUGAGAAUAUGAAAUUAAAAGCUCUGUCAAUGGAGAGAGAAGAGGAAUUAGCUUCCUUGAAAGACCAAUUGGCAUCACAGUUUAACUCUCAAGGUUACCAAAUGGCGAAAUGGGAUAGGCCAGUUGACAACAAUGGCACGUGGUCGGAUAUCAAGAUUAUAAAGAUAAAACCGGGAGGAGAAGAGCAACAGACAAAUAAAGAUUCGAUCGGAAUGAUAAGAGAGGAUGCUAUUGAGAGAGAAGAGGAUGCUAUUGAGAGAGAAGUGGAUGCUACCAAGAGAGAAGAGGCUGCUCGCUCAAACCUUGUUGAGGAUAGAAAUCCGUUAAUACAAUCUCCAGGAACUGAAUUUGAAGAUGAGAAAGAAAUUGCUUGUCACAGUCCCAUUCAAGAAGCAAACACAAGUAGUCCACGGGAGGUUGAUAAUGCCAAACAGUUGGCAUCGAUUGGAUUGCAGUUUGGAAGAACUUAUAGUACACAAUGGAGGAUGGAUAUUCAUGCUCUAGGGGUGUCUUACAAAAUCAAAAGGCUGAAACAGCAAUUUCUUUUGCUUGAGAGGCUCGUUGGAAAACAAGAAACUGCUCAAAAUACCGAAAGCGUGGAUAAUGUUCAAGUUGGCAUUAGAGAAUUUCUUUUGUUUCUGACAUUGCUGAAUAAACAAGUGGGCAGGUACAAUUCUCUGCAGGAGAAAAAUGACGAACUCUGCCAAAGGAUGCAUGAUUAUGAGGCGAGUGUAAAAUGUGGAGAUUCUAAAGUAGUAAGAACGAAGGGGAAAACAAAAGCACUAGAGAACUUCCUUGAACAGACAUUUCAACUACAGAGAUAUGUUGUUUUAACAGGACAGAAAUUGAUGGAAAUUCAAUCCAAGAUCAGCCCAGAAUUCGCCAGGGUUGCUGACCAACUCGAAAAGUCUGGUAGCUUUGACAUCAAGCGCUUCGCCAGUAGUGUUAAAACUCUCUUACAAGAAGUGCAAAGAGGUCUAGAGGUUCGGAUAACUCGAAUUAUCGGAGAUCUAGAGGGAACCUUGGCUUGCGAGGGUAUGAUUCAACUAAGUAGGUAGUUAUAAAACUGUAUCUUACUCAAUAAAAUUGAUUAGUCAUGUAUGA